ACGUUUCAUGUGUCAUCUCACGCGACACCCAACAUUACCAUUAUGAGACAUUCUCUGCCUGUGCUCCGAGUAAAGAAGUGCGUUUAUUCUUUCUUUGUAGGAUAAAAAAAAGUGGUAUUUUAGUUGCAAAUUGUGUUUAUUGAUAUAUUUUUAAAUAAUAUCCAGCAACCCCAUUCCUUGUAUGAACAGCAAAAGGCCUUACCAUAGAAGUUCGAAAUCUUGCGUCUAGGAAAAUGGAAAACUCGGGAAAUAAUUUGAAAACGGAAGAAUGGCAACGAACUGGGGAUUUGUGUACUGAUUAUCUUCAUCUCUACUUAUCAUCUAUUAUGUAUGAUGUUACAUUUCGAGUGGGAGAUGCACGGUCGAAAAAUUCAUACCAAAAGAUCUUCCAUUGCCACAAGUUAAUUUUGUCUGCGGCAAGCAAAGUCUUUCAAGCAAUGUUUUAUGGUUACUUUCAAGAGGCAAACAAAGGACCUGAUGAUGAAAUUCUGAUUGAUGACUCUGAACCAGAAGUUUUUGAUGCAGCAAUGAGGUUCAUCUAUGGUCGGCAAAUAGAAGUUUUUACAAUUGAAGACAUUGCUGCCAAGGUUUAUAAGUUUGGAAACAAGUGGCAAAUUGGCAGUCUUGUAAAGGCUUCGGAGAGAUUUUUGGUGGAACCUUCACCUGAAAAUGUUGCCUUAAUUUAUGACAUUUUUAAGAUGGUUGGGAACGAAGUCGGCGCGAAAAGGUGCUUGAAGGUGAUCGUCAUGAAUACAAACGCAGUGCUGAAUAGUCCUCAUUGGUGCAAUAUUUCAGAAGAACAAUUGAUGGAUAUUUUAAGUCAGAAUGAACUCGACAUCAGCUGUGAAUGCGAUUUACUAGAAGCCCUAAUUCAGUGGGGAUUGGCAAAGGUGAAUGCAGAGGGCAAUUGUGAAAUUUCACAUGACCAAGUGAGAUCAGUCAUCAAUAAACCUCUUCAAAAGAUCCGCUUCCUUUCCAUGGGACAUCAAGAUUUUGCAAAAUUUUGCAUGAAGAAUAAAAACAAUAUUUUCUCAUCUAGUGAGAAACUUGACAUAAUGACGAGUUUGUCACUCAAAUCGCCAGAAAGCUUGCCCAAGGAUUUCAGCAAAGAGGACCAAUCACGGUCUAUUUUUGACAAAGCAAUCAUAUUUGACCUGAAAACACGGUACAAUGACAAAAGUAUUGUGUAUCCUAAUGUAUUUAAAUUCAGUAUUGACAAAGACGCUCGGCUAUUAGGAUUUAAAUUUCUGUCAUUUGAAGACAUGCCGAUUAAUUUCAAACCCAACGCGUUGUACACUUUAUUUGAGUUGUUAGAUGGUUAUAAAUGUAAUGAAAACUUUGACGAAAGUAAGUGCUCAAAAAUUUGUGAAGGUAACACUGUCGAUGAUUAUGAUGAGAUUGAGGAGGUUUGCAGGUUUAGGAAAUCCCCUGUCAUUGCCAAUUAUAAAAAAUAUGCAAUUCGGGUAAAAUAUUUUAAUGUAGAUUGCACUUCUCUAUCCGAGCACAAAUAUAAAAAGUAUGAUAUUUUGAAAGGGGAUAUUCUAUUUCUUGUGCUCUCCAAGAGUUGUUCCGCUGGCAUAGGUGCUUUAUUAUUCCUUGAAAUGCCUAGGCCUGAAAACUGAACACAUCCUUUGACCUGGUUUACCAAAAAAUAUGGUCCAGGUUUUUUUGAUCAUCGCGGUUUAAUGUAUCUAAAUUAGAAACAAAGAGCAGAAAAAAGUUAUAAUUUAAUUUAGUCAGUUGAGUGAUUGGAAAUUAAUUUAUAAGCAAAGAAUAUCUAUUAUGAUAAUCUACAUAAUGUAUUGGAGUAAAAUAAAUAUAUUUAUUAACAUAAAAUCAGUCAUUUCCAAAGUUUUUCUCUUCAUUUU